UAUUUGAAAAUUAACAAACCAGGUAGCAGGGUAUCCUUUUCCCGGAUCACCUAACCUGAGAGUUUGAGUCUGUUUAAUUCGUCUUUUCUAAGAGAAAAUUCAAAGCCCCACCCACACCCACUUGGCUUUCUUUCGUUCUAGGAACUCAAGCAUAAACUUGCUUCAUUAAUUUGAUACUUAUUUUUAUUUUUAUUUAUUCUGGUUAUCCUUAAUUUUCCAUCUUUACACAUGGGUCGACCCCCCAGUAGUGGAGGUCCCGCCUUCCGCUUCACUCAGACUGAGGUUCAAGCUGUUUUUGUGCUGUAUUUCCCACUUCUGAAGUCAUGUAGAUAAAGUUGAAGAUGAAAAUGAGAAAAGGAUAACUGAGAAUACUCGUUUUCUGUUGAUUUGUUUCUUGCGAAAUUAAAUCUUAAAUUGAAGCUGGAAACGCUUAGAUGAUAUUAGCUUUUUUGAAAGUUCGUAUUGACUUUUGAAAGCAGUUGCUAGGAGCAAAAAUUUGGUAUUGACUUUGGAAAGCAGUUGCCAGGAACAAAAAUUUAAAUGAAGGAUUUCGCACCAUUGUUGUUUCCUUUCUUAGUUUCUUGUUGUGUCUAACAUGUCAGGUCACAGAGAUGGAAGGUAUUUUGCAAGAACACCACAAUACAAUGCCAUCUCGGGAAAUUCUUGUAGCUCUUUCAGAGAAGUUCAGUGAGUCCCCAGAAAGGAAGGGAAAGAUCAUAGUGCAAAUGAAGCAGGUUUGGAAUUGGUUCCAAAACAGGCGGUAUGCAAUAAGGGCAAAAACAGUUAAAGCUCCUGGAAAGUUAAAUGUAACAGCUAUGCUGCGCGAGGAUCCUAUUCCAGUGAGAAACGUUCCUCAACCCGUAGCUGCUCCAAUUCCUGCUCCUGUGCCUGCUUCCAUGCCUGCUCCUUCAGGGAUAGCUGCAUCAGAAAAUACUUUUAUGGAAUUUGAAGCUAAAUCUUCAAGGGAUGGUGCAUGGUACGACGUUGCAACCUUUCUAGCCCAUAGAAAUUUAGAGGCAAGUGAACCGGAGGUGCAGGUUAGGUUUGCAGGUUUUGGACCAGAGGAGGAUGAGUGGGUUAACAUAAAAAAGCAUGUCAGGCAACGAUCUCUCCCAUGUGAAGCAUCUGAAUGUGUUGCUGUUCUUCCUGGAGAUCUCAUUCUCUGUUUUCAGGAAGGAAAAGAUCAGGCUCUAUAUUUUGAUGCCCAUGUACUUGAUGCACAACGACGAAGGCAUGAUGUGAGAGGCUGUCGAUGUAGGUUUUUGGUGCGCUAUGAUCAUGAUCAAUCUGAGGAAAUUGUGCCUCUCAGAAAAAUUUGCCGUCGGCCUGAAACUGAUUAUAGGUUGCAACAACUUCAUGCUAUGAAUGACUCAGGAUCUACAGACCAGCAGAAAAGUAGUAUUGAUCUUUCCACAGCCAAUGAUCCUAAGGUUGUAAGUUCCUCGGCCGAAAUGAUGCAGAAGCAGGCCAAUGCAAAUGUAGCCCCAGCAGCCACUUCUGUGUCUUUUUCUAAUACUUCUGUGGCCACCCAAUGUACAAUUAUGGAACCCAAAAGUACUGGAGGUAGCAGGGUAUAAAUAUCAGCAACCCUGUUUUUUUUUUCCAUCUAGUGCUGUUAGUGCCACCGUUACAACUGCUGCUCCUUGCUGUUAUGGUGGAAAAAUGUAAGAAAAAGUUGUAGGCUUAUUUGACCGUUGUGUCAUUUUCUCUUCUUUAAUGAUUACAAAGGAUUUCCAUUCUUAGA